CUACCCCAUUACUUCCACUCACUGCCCAAAUAGCAUCAGGACUGUCAGGCAAUUGAGUCUCCUGCUUAUUCGACUGGUCAAGCCAAUUUAUCAUACUUUGGAUAAUCAUAUCCCCUAGUCAUCAUCAUGUCUUCGUCCGGCCCACAGCGAAUAGCUUUGAUCGGGCUUGGAACCAUUGGCAUGUCCAUGGCAGCGCUUCACCUCUCGCGUGAACAGAACAUAGUCGAUGUAUUUGACACCAGGCCCGACUUUGAAGACUAUCUCUCCAAGACCUUGCCGAUAUAUCUAAACCAGCCUCCAUCCUUUGACUCCGAGUUAAGCUCCAGCCCCCAGCCAAUGUCCUUGGUGAAGUUGCUAGUAUCCUCUGGUCGCCUGCGGAUUCACUCGUCCUUAGAAACCGCAUGUGCAUCGGCUACCAUUGUCCAAGAGCAGGGGCCAGAGAACCCUGACUGGAAACAGUCUCUCUGGGCUCAGGUCGAAGCAAUAGCCCCACCGUCCGCACAUCUCUGGACCAGCACGUCUGGGAUUGCUGCCUCCAUCCAACAAGCCCAAAUGCGUGACAAGACUCGCCUGCUGGUGGUGCAUCCUUUCAACCCGCCACAUAUCAUGCCUCUCUUAGAGAUCGUACCUGCGCCGGAGACUCUACCCGCGCACGUGGAGUUUGCCCACGAAUACUUUUCUAUGCCUGGCUCACGACAUAGACCGGUGACGGUCCGAAAAGAGAUCCCUGGAUUUGUGGGCAAUCGACUGGCGUUUGCACUACUACGGGAAGCCUGUUAUCUGGUACAGGAAGAUGUAGUAGGUGCGAAAGACCUGGACACGAUAUUGAUGGCCAGUCUAGGACCUAGAUGGGCUGGGAAUGGCGUGUUCGAGAGCUACCAGCAGGGGGGUGGUGAGGGGGGCAUUCGGGCUUUCAUGGAGAAGUUGGGCGGAACUAUGCAAACCGUCUGGGACGGACAGGGGCGCGUCAAUGUGCUGGGCGAUGAGGGCACUGAGUGGAAGGAGAAAGUAAUCACUCAAGUGGAUCAGGCCUAUGGAACCAUGUCUGCGGACCAGAUCCACGAGAAGGAAGCACGUUUGAAGGACUUUGUACGAGUACAAACGCAGAGAUACCCGCCGGAUGGACGGGAAACAUAGCCUGGCCUGGCUUUGGGAGAAUGCCUUCUAAGAUCACAGCG